GUGGACAGGAUGCUUUAGCAUGGAGCAUAUAGGGAUAUGUAGAUGCCAAAAUAAACAAAAAAAGACUGGUAUCUAUAAAUAAAUAUAGAUUAAUUAUUUAUAAAACUAAAAAGGAGUGGGGCAUGUGCCACACAUCUAUCUCACCUGCAUCCACCCCUAUAUAACACCUAACUAGAAGUCUUCUGCUUAUUUUCUAUGUUUUCAGUUUUGUGAUAUGUUUGUUUAUAUAAAAUUUUAGUUUCCAACUACGCAGACAUUGAGAUUCAUUUAGGGGAGUAUUUUCUUAUUAAAAAAAUAAUUAAUAAUUAAAUUACAAUAAUUAUUUUCAAAAUUUUGGUGAUUAUUUAAGUUUAUAAUUUUAAAAUAUAAUAAAAUAAUUUAUUAAUAUGAAAAUAUAAAUACUAUAAGAUAAAAAUAUUUUCAAAUUUAAUAGAUUUAUGUAAAAGUACUUUGUUUUGUAUAAAAUUAAUAUCUACUUUUAUUAUUUUGUUAAAUUAUCUAUUGAAAAUUUCAUAGUACUAUUUGGAAAUUAUGGAUGAAGACGUUCAAAUAUAUUGGAUUAGAAAAUGAGAGACAAGUUGACAAAAAAAAAAGAGAGACAAAUAUUGACAAAAAAAUAAAAUAAAAUGAGAGACAAAUAAAAUAAUUGGAUGAUUCAUGUUUCAUGAUCAUGAGGAUGAAGGUGCCACUAGUAUAAUCAUUUGUGGCCGUCCUUUUCUCUUUGAUUAAAUUGUGGCCGUCCUUAUGAGUUUUUUUUUGGACAAUCCUUGGGAGUUGGUUUAAAAAUUGAUAUUACGCGUAUAUCACAUUUGCUCUUCAUAGUCCUCGUUGUCUUAUCGCUCCUUGCUCCGAUCAUCAUGGCUGAAUCUAGCAAAUCAUCAACGUCCGAAGCGAACGUUCACAUCAUCUACACAGAGAAGCCUAUCAAUGAGGAACCUAAAGACUAUCAUCUACGUACACUCUCCUCCGUUCUUGGCUGUGACCAAGCUGCAAAGGACGCUCUGGUUUACAGCUACAAGGAAGCUGCCUCUGGCUUCUCAGCUAAGCUCACACCUGAGCAAGUCGCCAAGAUCUCCAAAAAACCAGGUGUGAUUCAAGUUGUGUCAAACCAGACCUACCAGUUGCCCAAACCUGUUGGUGAGAGAGUUGCUGAAACGUCCGAAGCGAAAGUUCACAUCAUCUACACAGAGAAGCCUACCGAUGAGGAACCUAAAGUCUAUCAUCUCCGUAGACUCUCCUCCGUUCUUGGAAGUGAAAAAGCUGCAGAGGACGCUCUAAUAUACAGCUACAAGGAAGCUGCCUCAGGUUUCUCAGCUAAGCUCACCCCUGAGCAAGUCGCCGAGAUCUCCAAACAACCAGGUGUGGUUCAGGUUGUGUCGAGCCAGACCUAACAGUUGCCCAAACCUGUUGGUGGUGGUUUCAAGUUGACCUAAAUUUACGUCUGUGUAUUCAACUUCUGCUGAAAUAAUUCUCUUGCUUUAGAGAGAGAGUUUGUGUUGUAAUGUUGUUGGUUUGAAAGAACUUGUUGUCUAAUUUAAAUGAAAGAACUAGUUGUCUAAUUUAAAUGAUGUCAUGCUUUUU